CCUCCCGCUCCUUGCUCCUGGGCCUUGGCAGCUGCGGCUCGCAGCUCAGGGCCAGGGCCACACGGCCAGUGAGGCGGGGGCCCGGGGAAGGCGGGCCUCCCCAGGAAUCCUGGGUGGCCUUAGCUGUGGGAGGGGGUCUUCAGGAGGCAGGGGCCCGCGGGCGUCCCGGUGCCAUGGCAGGGCUGUGGACAGAGCAGGCACUAGCGGGUGGCAGGUGCGAGGAGGCCAGCAGCCUCAGGGUGGAGGCCGUGCGGCAGGGAGCGUCGGCGGCGGCUGAGGCGGCGGCGGCGGCGGCGGCAGCGGCAGCUGCAUCGUCGGAGGCGGAGGUUGUGGGCAUGGGGGAGGCCUUGGUGCUGCUGGCGGACGACAUCAUGGAGGCUGUGGUGGAGGUGGUGGCGGAGGAGCAGGAGGAGCAGGAGUCGCAGGAGGAGGAGGAGGAGGAGGAGGAGGAGGAGGUGGAGGAGGUGGUGGAGGAGGUGGUGGAGGAGGUGGUGCAGGCCAAGGAGCGGGAAGAGAAGCCCCGGAAGCAGGGGCGCGCAGAGCCAGGGCGCGGACCCCCGACCUCCCUGAGCCCGCUGGAGGCCCUGGGGGCCCUUCAGUUAGAGCUGAGCGCUGUGAACGCCCAAGCCAACAGGGCCUACUUGCGGCUCAAGCGCAGGGUCCGUCGGAGGCGGGAGCCUCGUUUGGAUCGAAGAAGAGCCAUCAUCCAGGACAUCCCCGGCUUCUGGGCCAAAGCUAUUGUGAGUCACCCCCAGCUGUCGGCCUUGAUCAGUGACCAAGACGAAGACGUGCUGAGCUACAUGAUCACCUUGGAGGCGCAGGAACUGGGCCGCCCCGAGUACCGCUGCAGGUUGAUGUUCUUCUUCCGGAGCAACCCCUACUUCUGCAACCAAGUGAUCCUUAAGGAGUAUCACCUUAGCUUCGCAGGUAGGCGGGCUGUCCCGGGAUGGGGGAAGGCGGCGGGGCGGGGCGGUGUGUGCCCGGGAGGCCUUGGAUGCUGGGCCAGCGGGAUCCCUCCCCUCAGCGUAUGCCCCGCUCUUCCUCUAGGCUACAGGGCGUAUAGUUCCACUCCAGUGCAGUGGUUCUGGGAUUACGAACGGGGAGCCCCCAGCCGCAGGCAGGACGCCGUCAGCCUUAACUUCCUCAACUGGUUGUCAGGCCACGACUGCCCCGGGUCUGACAGGAUUGCUGAGGUGGGGGUCCCCCGGGGCCUGGUCGGAAAUGGCGACGUCGGCGGUGGCCAGCAGCUCGGGGAAGGGGCGUGGGCCCUGUCCCGACCUGCCCGUUCCCUCCGCCAGAUCAUCGUCGAGGACCUGUGGCCCAACCCCCUGCGCUACUACCCGAGGGAGCAAGGCGCCGGGAGAGAGCCAGCGGUGAAGGCGACGGAGCAGGAGAGUUCGGCCGAGUAGAACGAGAGCCCGGAGGCGUGUGCAGACGCGCGUGAGACCGGCGGCCGGGGUCUGGGGCGCCGGAGAGGAGCGAGGAAAGCAUCGCCAGUGGAGGUUGCAGAGGGUGGGCAGCACGUACCCGGAAUGAGGCCGAGAGAGACGUCAACAGGCUAACGAGUGCUCCUGUCUUG